AACGAAAUAUGGGGAAGUGAUAAAGGUUUCCGUGCAACAUAGUUACAAACUACUCCUAAGUGCACUUAAGGGCCACAACACUCGCAGAAAAAUCACAAAUUUCACAUCAUGUGCAGGCGCCCAUAGCUUGGGAGCAGCGAGGUGCGCAUCAUUCAAGCAGCGGUUGAGCAGCUUUGACCGGACGCAUGCUGUGGACCCCACUAUCGACGGCAGGUUUGCGGAGACCCUGUCUCGAACAUGCAGUGCCGGAGACAGUGCCGAGCAACCCUUCGAUUCAACGAGGAACACAUUCGACAACGACUAUUUCAAUGCACUGUGGGGAAAGAGAGGCGUCCUCUUCUCCGACCAGACAUUGUUCGCCGAUCCCGCUACUCGGAGCAUUGUCAACAGCUAUGCUAUGAACCAGGCAAUGUUCUUCUUCCAUUUCCAACAAGCCAUGGUGAAGAUGGGAAGGCUCAAUGUUAAAGAAGGACCUCAAGGUGAAGUCCGGCAGAAUUGUCGGGUGGUUAACAAUUGAUCUUCUCAAACAAAUUAGUGUCUAAUAUAAAUGGGG